AUGGAUAACGGGAUGUGGGAGCUCGAAUGCUCGCUGUGGCUUGAUGGAAGGGUUUCUAUUUCAAAUUCAUCCAAGCUGGAGCUGUUGCGCUUGUCGCUCAAGAUCUCUAGGAACGGUGCCGGAGUUCAGAGGAUGAGCACAGAACAGCACUUGAAGACUAGGGCCAAUUUACUGCAGUGUUCAAUCAGGCCUGUCACGUAUUGUGAAAGAGGCAUCCCAAGUAUCUCAAAGGCGUUGGCAGAUAAGGGAAUCCACCAUGCGCUGCUAGCCAAGAGACUCUAG